CACAGGCAGAGAUCACAGGCUGGGAGGAUGACAGCUCGAGUGUAUUUCUCGUUGAUUGCUGUUUUUUCGUGUCUGUUCGGAUACUUGAGCAUAGCGCACGCUAUUCAAAGACGAACCACAGUGAAGCCGGGUCAGUGUCCCAUACCGGAGAUGAUUCCACUGUGUGCUAAAAGCUGUUUCCAUGAUGGCCAGUGUCCUGCCAUGCAGAAAUGUUGCCCAACCACCGGUGGCUUUGCAUGCAGUGAACCACGUGGUCAGGGAAGAGGUCAAGCAAGUUGCCAGGGAAGCGGAGCUGGUCAGGGCGCCGGACAGGGAAAUGGACAGGGAAGCGGAGCCGGUCAGGGCUCAGGACAGGGAAGCGGAGCCGGUCAGGGUGUAGGACAGGGUCAAGGAAGCGGAGCAGGACAGGGAAGUGGAGCUGGUCAGGGAGCCGGACAGGGUCAGGGAAGCGGAGCUGGUCAGGGCUCAGGACAGGGAAGUGGAGCUGGUCAGGGCUCGGGUCAGGGAAGCGGAGCUGGUCAGGGCUCGGGUCAGGGAAGCGGAGCUGGUCAAGGCGUAGGACAGGGCAGCGGCUAUGGACAGGGCAGCGGCGCCGGACAGGGAAGCGGCGCCGGACAGGGUCAGGGAAGCGGAGCAGGUCAGGGCUCGGGUCAGGGAAGCGGAGCUGGUCAGGGCUCGGGUCAGGGAAGCGGAGCUGGUCAGGGCUCGGGUCAGGGAAGCGGAGCUGGUCAGGGUUCGGGACAGGGAAGCGGAGCUGGUCAAGGUGUAGGACAGGGCAGCGGCUAUGGACAGGGCAGCGGAGCUGGACAGGGCAGCGGCUAUGGACAGGGAAGCGGAGCUGGUCAGGGCAGCGGCUAUGGACAGGGUGCA